UGUGUGUCCUGACCUAUAGAGUACACCCUGUUUGUUUGUCUGCCGUGCACAGCCAUGGCUCUGCGCGCCGGCUGUCUGCUGCCCCUCAUCUUCAUUGCAUCAGCAAGAGUCAUCUUGGUGGAUGCUGCAUGCACACCUAUACCAGACAGUACUUGUGGCAAUGACCCAGCCAUAUUAUGUGCUGGCUGUGACGCAGUCACUAAAGUGCCGAACCCUGAAGACUGCUACAGUUACUACAUGUGCGAUAGUGACGGCGUCUUCCUAUUCGAUGACCCUCUCCCCUGUCCAGAUGGUCAGGUAUUCGACACGACUGCCUGCAAGCUAGACGAUGGCACAUGCACUACUAUAUGUCCCAACACUGGUGGUGACGGGGGUUGCUUUUAUACUUGUGAAUGGUAUGUGGACAGAAUGAUAUCCGAUCCAUUUGACUGCAGUGUGUACCACCAAUGUCGUGGUACAGACCCUGGGCCGGCAAUGACGUGUCCUGCUGAUGCACCGUACUUUGAUGGGGAGAAGUGUGGUGUGGAUGAGUCUGCUUGCUGCCACUGCCAUCCCUACUGCUACCCUGGAGAAGUAGGCAAGAAGGUAGAGGACCCCACAGACUGCCGGAAGUUCUUCUACUGCUUAGAACCAGAUGAAAUACCGGUCAUCCCUGGUGAGUGUAGGGAUGGUGAGCACUUUGACAUGCACGCAGGAGAGUGUAGCAGCACGGCGCCGUGCAUGACGCUGUGCAGGAACGUGGUGGACGAGAACGGCUGCAUCGACCCGUACACGUGCCAGGAGACAGGCUUCUUCCCCAAAUGCAAGACACAGUGCCUGAGGGAAUACUACCACUGUGUGGAUGUCAAUGAUGACUACGCCCCGACGGAGACGUGCUCCGAUGACCUUGUCUUCAACCCUGACACUCUGCAGUGCACCAAGACUGAGUCGUGUCCGUACAGUCACCAGUACGUGCCUCUUGGCCCUGUACCCGCCUAGCUGCUGCGGCGGCCGUGCACCUUCCUCAAUAGACCGUGUUUCAUUCUUUUCUACUUAUGUAAAAUGGUCACUGGAUAACGGCAAAAGCAAUCUAAACGACUAUAAAAGACUUACUUUUCACUUUACUCUCUAUGAUAUAUAAGAUAUGAAGG